UUCACACUUGAAAGAGUAUAGCCGAUUCUCUAAUAUCAUAAAAGUCCAGUUAUGGCUUCAAAUAAAAAAGCUUCAAAUACGGAGAAGAAAAUUUUGACUGUUGAAAAACUCAUAUUUACGUUGUAAAGCACCACUAAACGUCACAUAUCUACCAAACAGGGGCGCGAAAAACAAUUCAAAGGCAACAAAAUAUUCAUAAAAACCAUAAAAACAUACCAUGGAAGCGUAAUAUUAUAGUUAAGAAUUAUAUGAAAAAAGUAUUGGAACCCUCCAGUGAUGGGGUGGGGGGUACCAGUGGGGGCUACAUCCGGGCAACAGCCUGGCUGGAACAGACGGGCGCCAUGUUGCAUUUAACUUGUCAUCACAACAAUAUUAAGCUAUAUCAUGAAUGUUUGACCACGGGAUAUGAAGUGCCAGACUAGUGGCUUCAUUUGGAGGGAUGUUUGGCUGACAAUAAUCUCAGGAUGAUGUGGACAAAAUGAGGACAACAAAACAACAACACGUCGUCACUCACCAUCUCCAGACUUCACAGCGGCCGACUCUCCUCAACCUGUGCUCCUCUCUCUUAUCACACCGUUAUGACUCAUAUGCCCACACUGCCGUCCCGCUCCAGCUAAUGCAGAGGAGUAGUGUCAUGAUCUAUUAUGGACCACAGAGCCAUUGAGUGCAGACACAAGAAAAGUAUUGAAAUGUUCCCUGCAACUCAAGUGCUGGGUAGUGGUCGUGGUGGUGGUGGAAGGAAGAGAACUGAGGUGCUGUCGGGCAUGAUUGUUUGGAAUGUGUUGGUGCUGGUUCUCCUGGUGCUGGCGGUGUGUGUACAAGGGGUUGUCAGUCCUUCUGACACAUCAUCCCACUUGGUACUGAGACGCUCCCCGCAAGCUGAGAGUGUCAAGGAGGAUGGUGUUGCCAUUCCACAGCUUGAGAAGUCUGCAGAUCAACCAACACUUGUGCCACAGUCAGAUCCUGGUGGGGACUCUGGGCCACCACAAGUCUCUAAGGCAACACCCAAGCCCAUUAAGAAACCGAAAGGAGGGAAAGAAGAGACACAAGAAGGGAAAGAAGGAAGUGGAAAUAAACCGCCUGCCCCAGAGAACAAGGAUACUAGCAACACCACCAAGGGAGACGGGGUGGGAGGAAUGCUGGAGUCUCACAUCCCCGCCAUGUCCACAGAAGCUGUCCUGAGAGGAUUCUAUGUGUUUGUUGGCAUAUGUGUCAUUGUUCUCAUCUACAUUGUCAUCAAGCUGAUCAGACUGCGAAGGAGACGUGCUCCAGGAAAAUACAGAGUCUUGUCCCACACUGAUGACCAGGAGAUGUUCCCCUUGGCUGCUGGAGAGGGUGAAGAUGAGGAAAUCUUCAACGCCGCCCACCACCAGCCUCGGAAAUAGCCAGCCAUCACUGCUGGCUGUCUCGUUCACUCUUAUUCCCCAUGACCGCAUUAUUUCUGAUGAGCAUUUCUUGAGGUGGUGUGAAGAUUUUGAGUGUGUGUGUGUGUGUGCGUGCAUGCGUGUGUGCGUGCGUGUGUGCCUAGUUAGAUGCUACAUACAUACAGACUAUGUAUAUGUACUUUGUGAACUUUGCCAUAGCUGUAAUUGGUGCAAGUUUACCAGUUUUAUCUUUUGUUUGUCUUGAAGAGUGUAAGUAAUAGUUUAGUGAGUGAUGCAAGAGUUUGUACCUGGCUUAGUGUAGGUCUAGAGACAUUGCUUUUAUUGCAUAGUGAUUCCAUAAAACUUCUUGAUUAUGCUAGGAUCUGUUCCUAGGACUGGUAAGAUGAAGUUGGGAUGUAGCUGCAUGAAGGAGUGCAGCCAAUCAUUGGGGUCUGCAUUCAGGAGUACUAUUCCUUGACAGUUACUAUAAUGAACUGUCUGAUAAGUCUAUGGUAACACAUAAAAAAUUGUGGUAAAAUGUUGAUUUUAAUAUUUUUACAAGGAAUGUUUGAGGAGUUAAAUCAUUCCAUUAACAUGCAUUGCCUUUGCUUUUGUGGAAAUUUAUAAUGCACUGGUCAUCGUCAAACUGAAUGGUCAUUACUGUAUAUUCUUUGUAGUACAUAAAAUGACACUUACAGUUGAACUCUAGAUACAUUAUUGUCAUAACUCACAUACAAAUUUUAGAGUUGUACUUACUGUAAAACUGAUCAAUUCCAGUGUCAGUUUUUGCCUCUCACCACAAUAACCUUUAACCUUUGACUUACAUGAAGCAUUACAUUGAAAGCAAAGCAACAGUUAUCCUCCAUAUUCACAACCUACACAACAUUAGACACCAUCAGCCAAGUGAAGCUCUGCAGUAAUUACCAAACCCAUGAAAAGGCAGGCUUAUGAAUCGCAAACUGACAAUAAAACAGUAGAAAAAGGAUCAGAGACACCCAGUAGCUCAUGAGGGUGUCACCACAAGGCUGUGUAUUAUAUUAGGGAUUCAAUUGUUAUAGAUUAAGGAGUAGCAUUGGUGUAACUGCAUUUUUCCUGUCCAUUUGAUGUUUGGGGAGAAGGAAGCACCACAUCACUUGUUCUCAGAUGUGCUAAUCAUUAUUAUUACUGUUAUCAUUCUAUUAUUGCUUUUUUUACUGAUUUCUUCUUGAGUAUGUUUCUUCCCUCAUUGAUCUGGGAGAGAGAUCUUAAUUGAAGGCCAUGUACUAGUCCUUGUAACACUGUCUUCACUAUACAAGCUUUGGCCACACCUCAUCAGGACAUCCACUUGGACUAGGGUUUCUGUGCCAGGUCAGUGUCUAAGAAGCAAGUCUUAUGAAAGAAAUCCUCCCAGUGUGAUACAAGCUUUUUCAUAAUUUGGUUCCUGUGUUUGCAUUGAGAGUGAAGUGCUUUUCUUAAGGGGUAUUAGUUAGUUACCAGAUACUUUGCUCUUUUUAUUGUCUUUGCUUUGUGUGUGUGUGUGUGUGUGUGUGUGUGUGUGUCUAAAAUUUAGUUGAAGUAGAGGGUGAUGACAAAAGAAAUAGAUGCGGCUAAGAUUAUAUUCAGAUUAAUUUUAGUUGUUUUCCCACAUAAAAUGUAGUUGCUGACAGUGCGCUAGGUGGACAGUAUGGAACCAAUGAGAGUUAGGGAAGAGAACCUUAUUAUAUCUUUAUAUGCAUCAUGUAUUGACCCGGCAUUAAACUGACUGACUUCACUAUCACAAUAUAUAUACACAUACAUAUACGUACAUAGCUCUCAUGUUUAAUUUGGGUACUUGGAAACAUCAAUAGAUCUGCAAUUCUGAGUAGUAUUAUAAGAGUGUACAUGUGUGUGUGUGUGAGAGAGAGAGAGAGAGCUUGGGUUGCCGUCCCCUCUUUACUAACCUGCAUUGAGUAUAAAGCAGGCAAUGAUUUAUCCACCAAAAUGCAGAAUAAGAGACUCAAGGCACUAAGAGCAGAAAGGAAGAUAUAUUUGAGAUUAGUCAGUCAAAUUUUAGGAACAAUUGGCCUUUAUAUUUUCAGAUAGAAUUACUGAAAGUCAUGAGACUGAAGCAUUUCCAUCCCAGAAGUAUGGAAUGCUGUUUGUAUUUUGUCUCACCAGUUAGCAGUUAGCAGUUUCUCACCAGAGCACCUUUAACCUUACCUUUGAUAUCCUCACCUGAGUCACCUCCCACAUAGAUAAGUCACUGCUAAAACGAUGGACAGCUUAACUACAUGAAGUGAAGUGUCUGGCGUCAUUUUGUAAACCAUUUCUCCACGCACUGCUUGAUCUGCCAUGUGAUGUAACUUAGUGAAUGAAUGAACCAGCUGACUCACAAGCAUCAUUUUACAGUGUUCUCCUGAGUCACUCAUAAGCUGUUCUGGUGUAGCACUGUUUGUAAGGUUCUGCCGCACAGUGAGGGGUAUUCUUGUGGUUGAGGAGAAAUUUUGAAGGAUAAUUAAAAGUGUGUGUGUGUGUGUGAUGAAGUGCAAAUAUAGAAAGGGUUUGGUAUGAACUGGGCUGAUGAUGGGUGGAUGGAGUCAUUAUGUGCUUAAGUGUGUGUGUGUGUGUGUGUGUGUGUGUGUGUGUGAGAUAAAAAGAUCGACAUAUUGACUGAAUCCUAUUUAUAAGAGAUAUACCUCAUAGCAAAACUAAUAUUCCCUCAACCUCAUAGAAUCGUAUUUAUCACUACAACAGGGCUGAGGUGAAAUAUACUGUAUGCUUAAGUAUUAUGCUGCCUUGUCUCUCUCUUGCCGAAAUGCUCUCAUAUAUUUCCCUGGUUGUGAGAGGUGAACCUUGUGUGAUAUGCACCCCGGUAUAUUGUGCAAGUCAGACACCAUUAAUGUUUGCAUCUUGCUAUCAAAACACCAACAGUAGCUUGUAAGAUUUUGUACUGCCAUUAUUAAACUGUUACUAUAAUCAUUCUACAUUACUGUCUUCAAUUUGUAUCUUGUCAAAUAUUGGUGUUAUGGAUGUCUGCAGAAGUUAUGGUUAGGAUUGAAUUUGUUGUGAGUAAAGUGUAAAGUUUGACGACAGUUUAAGAUACAAGGCAAUGCAGAGUCAAUUUUGAUGUAACUGUGCACCAGGGAACAUUGAUCUUGCUGCUUGAGGUGGCUCAGAAUCACUGCAAAUCACAGCGUCUUAAUCUUGUUUCAUAGUAGGAAAGUGAAUGUAGGAGAGGGUGCUCAGUCCCUCACUCCGUCCCUUCAGUUGUCUUGUUGUGACACGCAGGAAGUACAGUGGCAGUAUUCUUCCAACUUGGCUGUGGAGUGUGGCUAUGCAGGGUCUUAUGCCACUGAAAGAAUUAAUUUUCAUUAUCUGUAAAAGAAUUAUAUGAGGAUUUUAGAAGUAUGGAAUAUGUGAAUGAUGAACAAGAGAAGCUGUAUGGUGAAUUAGCUCUUGAAUUGUGUGGAGUAAGGAAAUGCAGUCAUAGGUGUGACACAUGGGAAUUAGUAUUUUAUUCAGUCAUUUGGUACACCUAGGUAGUGGUGAGGCACAGAAAGCUGAGUGGUGGAGGUAGUGUGGUGUUGGCUGAGACAAUAAUUCAUCACAUGGGACCACUGGCAAUGGUACAGGAGGUAUAAGUAAGGUUAGGUUUGUCUGUGAAUGGUUGAUUGAAGAGAGAAAUUUGUUGAUGUGAAUUAUACACCAUAGAGUAAAGGAAUGGUGUAUUUUGUCUGCUGUUAAGUGUCUGAAAAGGGUAAAAUUUCCUCUUAUUAUUUAGAAAGGUAAAACCAAAUUGUUCUUAUCGCUAGAUAAUGCUAAGUAAGUACAUGUUGGAAGCUCAUUUUUGUGAUGCAAUUUAAUCCUACAUUUCUUUCAUAGAUAGAAAUGAAUUUUGUACUUAUUGCAGAGUAACUUUAGCUUGUAGUGCAGGUUUGUUCAUGGAUGAGAUAAGGAUGUUGUCAUUGGUGUGUACAGGAAGCUUGAUGGAGGUGCAGUAAGGGGAGCACCAAGGUUCAAAGCAUUCCUGUACCUAACACUGCAUCAUGCUGGAAACCCUUGUUGUCACAUGCACCACCUUGUCCCUUACAGUGCAAUGUUAUACCGGAAGACAGCGCAGGAGUAUUUUGAUAUUGGAAUCCCAACUAUGCCUGUGUCACUGUUUGCUUGGUGAAAGGCAGGCUUGGGAUCAAACAUAAUACUCUCAAGUCAUCAGCUGUUGCUUCUCACUGAUUUUAUGUUGCCACGAGAGAAGAAAAUCCUGUAAUGUUAACAAACUAAGAUAUUUUCUUAUUCAGGGUGUCAGUCAUCAAUUCAUUAUUUUUCCCCUGUUUUGCUAUUUUUGUGGUAUAUAACAGCAUAGUAAAUUAGUGAAGAGGAAGCCCAGCUGAACCAAUGUCUAUGGGAAGAAAGGAUAGGUGGCCAUGAUGUGAUGGAGUAACAACAAUAACACAUGAAGCAGAUAUUCCAUGAGUCAUUCCUGCAUUAGCCACUACAAAUAUUUUUUCCCCCAUCACGUCCACAGCAUAGCUAUAGUGAAUCAGUCCGUCUCCCAGCCUCCUCACAGCUUCCUCACCCGUGCAGCAGUGAGGCAUGAGUGCUGUUCAUUCCUCAGGUACCAGGAAGUAUUGUUAAGCAGCCGGACACCUACUGGAGUGUUUGGGAGCCUUUUAUUCUGCCUUGUGCACUGUUUAGCCAUAUUUUGAGUUAAAGGAAUGAGCAGCACAAAAAAAUGCACUUCAGGACCCUCGUAAGGUGUGGCUGUGGUGGUGGUGUGUGAUGGUGCUUGGCCGCAGUGCCCCUAGAUGUGUAAUAGUGUGUGUGGGUGGCAUGUUACACCUCCCGCGCAUGUCGGUAAUCAUGGGUGUGUGUGGGAAGGGAGUUAACUGCCUGGCACACAGCUGACGGUCAGGCCACUCCCUAGAGGUAGUCCUUGCAGCACAAUUUAUUCUGGAUCCUUUUUUGCUGUUGUUGUAGUGUGAGUGCAAAAAGUAAAUGUAUUUUUUUAUUAUUUAUAAAUGAAUAUUAAAAUGUUAUAAUGUUUCAAGCAUAUGAUAUACUAUUAUUAUACACAUGAUGAAAAUAAACUUCUUGAUAUGG